AUGUCGGGGGUCAUCAUUGGCUUCACGGCGGGUAUCUAUGUCGCGUUGAACAGUCUGGGAGCAGGAGGCGGCCAGCCUGACUCGGCCAACAUGGUGGAAACCGUCAACGCCACCCUUUGCUCGGUGGCCAUCGUCAGCAGUGCCUUUGGUGGCACCAUUCUGAACAAGCUGGGCCAUGCCAUCACCAUGUUCAUCGGCGUCCUCAGCUACAUGAUCUAUGUCGGCGGGCUGUGGUUUUUCGAUCGCCACGAUGGAUUGGCGUUUCCCCUGGUCGGGGGAGUUCUCCUCGGUAUCGGGGCUGGAUGUGUCUAUGUCGUGGUCGGCCACAUCCUGCUGUCGUAUCCCGAAGAGAAGGAAAAGGGCUUAUACGCAACCAUUUCCCUCAAUGGCCAAGCUGCGGGAUCGGUGAUUGGGAGCAUCAUCCCCGUCAUCCUGAACAGAGAUGCCCAAACCUCCGCUGGUGUUCCCACUGCUGUCUAUGCGGUAUUCGAAGCCAUGAUGGGUGUGGCCGCCAUCAUGUCUCUAUUCUUGUUGCCGCCCGACAAGCUGACUCGAGACGACGGAUCUAAAGUCGCCGUUGCGAUGCCCAGGACGGCCAAGCAGGAGUUCGUGGCCAACCUACGUGCUUUCAAGGACUGGAAGCUUCUCCUUCUAUUCCCCGGUUGCUUUGCUGCCGAAGCAUUUCUCGUCUACGUUGGAUCCAUGAACGCCUUUAGCAACAACCUACGGACCAGAUCUCUCUUGUCUUUCAUUGCCGUGGUGCUGCAGAUUCCAUUUGGGUUCCUCAUCACGUGGAUCCUCGACAACAAGAGGAUGAACAGACGAACCAGAACACUGGUUGGUCUGACCUUCGUCGCCGUCCCCUUGUAUGCUGCUUGGAUAUGGCAAAUCGUACGAGUCCGUAACUGGAACCGAAACGAUCCGCCUACUUACGACAAACUCGUCGACUGGUCCGACUCGGACUUUGUGUCAGCCUUCUUCCUCUUCAUGCUCACCUGGGUGGCUUCGAACCUCUGGCAGUAUAUCAUGAUGUACUUUCUAGGAGCCAUCACCAACGACCCGGUCCGACUGGCUCACUACGCCGGGAUCUACAGGGGCUUCCUCGCGGCAGGUGAAGCGCUCUUGUUCGGCCUCGACUCGAUCGGAAUCCCAUACAUCAAGGAAGCCGGCGGCAUCUUUGCCUUUUACGGGUCCGGCUGCUUGAUCUGCUUCUGGUUGGGCUGGUAUCACAUCGAGGACACCAUGUAUUUCAAGGAGGACCAUGUUGUCGUGCCCAACCACAUCAUCCACGAAAUCGUGGACAAUUCGCACGAACUUCCGGUCCCCGUUGACGAACAAGGCAUGGUCGUGCUUGGGAUCGAGCCCACUGCGCACAACCCAGAGAAGGGUCAAGACGAGAAGAUGGCGGUCACGUCGGUGCAGGGGGACAAUGAGGCUGGGCUUGAGUGA